AUGAGAAAUUUAACGAUUCGUCAAGUAAACAGUAGAAAUCUCAAAUUUAUGAAAAAUAUAGAAAUGGAUCAAGAACUCUUGAAACGCAUACAAUGUGCUACCGAUCCAAGUUACAAUGAUAUAUAUGUGCUGUUGGAUGGACAUCUCUACUUGUUAUCAAGCGAAAGGAAAUUUAUUGACAUAGACAAUCCUGAGUAUUCUUUAUCCAAAAUAGUCGCAAUGGAGUAUUGUGUUGUCCUGCAGGAAUUAUAUUGUGCCUAUGAAUCAGGUUGCCUUGUCAAAAUUGAUAUGACAGAUGAAAAUGAAAUUAAUUACGAGAUGGUACUGCCUGACAUCAACUUACAGUGCAUGAAAUUUAGUCCAGAUCAUGAAAUCAUUGCUGCUGUAACAGUCGCAGGAGUUGUGAUCACUAUGGUAUUAAACUUUCAAGUAAUGUCAGAGGUGGAUUUAUAUUCAGAAGUAUUUGGACAGAAUGAAUUUGUGACUGUUGGAUGGGGUAAAAAGGAAACUCAGUUUCAUGGGUCAGUGGGUAAAGCAGCGGCUCAAGCUAAACCGGUACACAUGAUUCUGAAUGAGCAUGAUGAUGGUCGUAUGCAAAUCACUUGGCGUGAUGAUGGUACUUUUUUCGCUGUUAGUUUUCUACACAAGGAAACAAAAGUUCGAAGAUUUAAAAUAUUCAACAGAGAGGGUAUGUUAUGCUACACUAGUGAACAAGUCAAUGGAUUGGAGGAAUGUAUAGCUUGGGGUCCAGUUGGACGUCCAAUUGCUGUACCCCAAAUACUGAACGAGAAAUAUGUUGUUGCUUUUUUUGAGAAGAAUGGCCUUAAAUACUCGGAAUUGUUGCUUCCAUUUAAACCACAAGAAGCAAAGGUAAAAGAUCUGCUUUGGUCACCAUGUUCAGAUAUUUUAGCUGUUGUUUGUUAUCAAUCAGAAACGAAUACUACGCUGAUACAAUUGUGGACUGAAAAUAAUUGUCAUUGGUAUCUUAAACAAACUCUUGUCUUUACUGAGAAGAAUCCACUGCUAUAUGUAACAUGGGACGAUAGAAUAAAUCAAUUUGAUGAAAAGGAAUUGAUUUACUUAACGACAAAAGAACUUACUUUCUGUUCAUUUAAUUGGUGUGUGAAUCAUAGCAGGGGUAAUACUGUGGAUGAUAAAGUUGUGAUUGGUGUUAUCGAUGGAAACAAUAUUUUAGUUACUGGUUUUAAAGAUGGAAUAAUUCCACCGCCAAUGGCGCACCAAUAUUUGCAAAUUCCUGAACCACAAAAUGCAAUUGUUUUUGCACCAGCAAUUAAUAACAAAUCAUCUUUAAUAAACAGCAACGAAUUCUGUACUGUUUCAUAUAAUGAUAAGUUAACAUUUUUCAAGCAGACAAAGGAAUCCUCCACACUGACAUAUGAAGUUGUAAAUUCGUAUAGUAUUGAUUUUGGCAUAUUAUACGAUAUGAAAUAUGAAGCAUUAAAAAUUAAAGACCUCCAUUAUUGUACGAAUAAUUUCUUAUGGUUUACAGAAGACAUUAUAUUGUUUUGUACAGUUACAAACAAUCGUAAUUUUUUGUGUAUUUUAUCUUUAGAAAAAGCAAAUUCAAAGGAUUCUCUGACAAUACAGAAAAUUCACGCUUUGGAUUAUCCAAUAGAACAUAUAAUUUCUUCUUCUGAUGCAAAUACAGCUUACAUAAAAGCAAAGGAGCAAAUAUUUAAAUACACACGGGAUGGAAAAUUUGAACAAACAAAUAUAACAUUAAGUAAAUUAUGUGCUCAAAUGGAAAUUGUAAAAAUCAAUUCUAACGACGUUAUUCUUGCCCUGUCUCUGGAAAAUAGUUUUUUGAUUGAUGGAAAGGAAAUUGCUAAGAAUAUUACAAGUUUUUAUGUACAUUCUGAUUUUGUGAUUCUCACAACACUACAACAUACAUUGAUUUGUGUGCCAUUAAACGAAGUUGGCUUAAAGCAACUAAGUGAAUACGAUUUAACUGUUAAACCUUGGUUAAAUACUAAGGUGUCACUUACAGAUAUCUAUAUAAGACGACUCGAAAAAGAUUCUUAUAUAAUAACAGCGAUACCACAAGAUUCAAAAUUAAUUUUGCAAAUGCCUAGAGGAAAUCUAGAAUGUAUACAGCCAAGGGCAUUAUCAUUACAUAUACUAAAAUGUCAUCUCAAUAACUGUAAUUAUUUGGCGGCGCUUGAUAUUAUGACUAAACAACGUAUAAACUUGAACUUAAUAUACGAUCACAAUCCACAAUUAUUUAUAGAUAAUGUGGAAAAAUUUGUGGAAGAUAUUGUACAAUAUAAAAAACUGAAUUGGUUAAAUCUGUUUUUGUCAGAAUUAGAAGAUGAAAAUAUCAUCAGUACAAUGUAUGCGAAUUGUUACGUAGAUCACGCUGUCAAAUCUAACACUAAAAGUAACGAAAAUAAUGAUAACAAAACAAUUAAUAAGGUAGAUAAAAUCUGUAAAUUAUUAAGAGAUGUCAUGGAGAAACGUCACGAUGCAGAUAGUUUAAUACAACCAAUAUUGAUAAGUUUGGUGAAAAAUCAACAAAGACUGGGUUUGGAAAAUGCACUUAGUAAAAUAAAGCAAGUCAGAACGUUGGAGGAGUCACAAAAAUUAACGCUACACAAAUCUUCCGUAUCUGCCUAUGAAGCACUAAAGUAUUUAUUGCAUUUUGUAAAUAUUGAUGUGUUAUAUGAUACUGCAUUAGGCAUGUAUGAUUUUGAACUUGCAAUGUUUAUAGCGUCUAAAUCAUCGAAAGACCCCAAAGAAUAUAUUCCGUUCCUGAACAAUUUAAAAAAAUUAAACACAAAUUACAUGAAAUAUUCUAUUAAUGUAUAUCUUAAACGUUAUGAAUCAGCAUUAGAGUUCUUAUCUAAAGAGCCAGUUAAGUUUGAAGAAUGUUUAGAUUUCAUACAUAGUCAAAAGUUAUAUAAGAUGGCAAUGAAAUUGUUUAAGAAAAAUACUAUAGAGCAUAAAAAGGUGGCUGCAAUUUAUGGAGAAUUUUUAUCAAGUGAACAGAAAUAUUCCGAAGCUGGUAUGAUGUUUUAUAGAAGUGGCGAUCUUGACAAAGCUUUAAAAGCCUUUAGCAUGUCAAAUGAUAAUUGGGAGGACGUAAUCACAAUAUUAAAAGAAAUGAAAUUAAGCUCAGUAGACUUACAUGAACGUUAUAUGGUAUUAGUUGAACAUUUGAAAGCAGGGCGUAAGUAUGAACAUGCAGUUGUGAUAUUAAAAGAAUAUUUGAAUGACAUCGAAGAAGCAGUUGCAGUUUUAUGUGAAGGAAGAAUUUGGAAACAUGCAAUACGAAUAACGAUUGAUGCUCAACGUUUAGAUCUGAAUGAAACACAUAUUAAACCUGGAGUAAAGGAACACGCAGAACACGUGAUUUCACAAUUGAGUAAAAUGAAGACAGAUUUUCUAAGUCAUAAAUCACGCCUUGCUGUAGUAAGAACAGAAAUGAAAGCAAAACAAGCACAAUUACUACAUGAAAAGAUUUAUGAUGAUGAACCAGAAUCUAAUAAAGAAAUUCCAGAUUCUAUUAGUGAUACAAUUAGUAUUGUAGAUUCUGUUUCGAGUCGAAUGUCACAAUUGUCAAUAUCUUCCAGUAAAAGCUAUCGAUCAAGUAAAAACCGUAGAAAACAAGCAAGAAAACUUUUGAAUUUAAAGGAAGGCAGUAUGUUUGAAGAUUUAAGCUUAAUACAUGCCCUUUAUCAAAUUACUAGUAAUGCAUAUAAAGAUAGAGAUGAAUGGUACCAACUGAUGCAAGUGCUAAUACGAUUUAAAUUUGAUGAAAAUGCAGUAAAGAUCUCAGUUCAGGAAAAGGAGUUUUUUGAGUUAGUGGAAAGCAGCAAAUCUGAAAUUUGGGACAGAUCAGCUCCUACAAGUUUAGCUGAUAUAGAAAAAAGUGCAAUUCAUACACAAGCACAACUUCAAGAAAUUAUUGCACCCAUUAAAUUAAUGGAACGCUACAUAAUGUUUCCACCUGAGGCUGAUGUACCACCACGUGUGCUAAACAUUUUUUAAACUUCAAAAAUAAAUAAAUAUUUUAAGAA